AUGAGUUCAUCAUUCUUAUUUUUAUUUCUGUUAUCAUUUUUACUUUCUUUCUUUCCUUUCUAUCGUUUUUAUAUAUUUUUCUUUCUUUUUUAUCCAACAUUUCAUUUGCUUUCUUUUUGUGGAAUAUUUGUUCACUUAAGCUUUCUUCCUUUCUUUUUCGUUCUGUAUGAGUUUCUUACUUUCUUUCUUUCUCAGUAUUCACAUUCUUUUUCUCAUCUUUUUUCUUUUAUUUCUUAUUGUGCCAUUCUUUCUUCCUUUCUUUUUCGUCUUCUUUCUUUCUUUCUUUAUUUCUUUCUUUCUUUCUUUCUUUCUCAGUAUUCACAUUCUUUUUCUCAUCUUUUUUCUUUUAUUUCUUAUUGUGCCAUUCUUUCUUCCUUUCUUUUUCAUCUUCUUUCUUUCUUUCUUUCUUUCUUUCUUUCUUUCUUUCUUUCUUUCUUUCUUUCUCAGUUUUCACUUUCCUUUUCUUAUCUUUUUUCUUUUAUUUCUUAUCGUGCUAUUCUUUCUUAA